CUGAUAUUCAGCUAAGUGUAUAUACAGGACUACCGCUUCCCAACUGCUUGACUGUUUCGAUUCAGAAGGAGAUACCUAAGGAGUCUGGGGAAGGUUAGAAUGGAAGAUAAUGAUAUCUUAAUUGAUGUUGUGAUGUUUUCAAACUCUACUAUUUCCCAUUCAGCCACCUUUACAUCACUCCAGUAUCGUAUGAUCAGCCUUUAUCUAAUAGUGGCUACUUCUCAUCACAAUACGAUAUGGAGAAGCACAUGACGUUUGUUCCAGUGAGGCUAUCCGAAGUUCAGCAAGAGAUAGAACGGCAAGGGGCAGCUAAUCCUUAUACCCCGAAGGAAUUUGACACGUCUUCAUACGCAUCCGAAGACGCACCAGGCAUGAGGUUACCAUCCGAACUGCCGUACUCUUACAAACGAUGGCUGGCUAUAUACAUCGGCAACCGUUCCCUUCGGAAUUCCGACCUUCAAGUCGUCUCUAUUCCCAAUUCGCAGAUCAGAUUUCUGCUAGGCGUAGCCAGUACAUCCGUCCCAAGGGGUAAAAUCAACGAAGAAUACCGCUCGGACCUCAAUGACAAGAUCCUGCCAUUAUUUAUAGACCUCAAAUUUCCCGAGAAGGGUCUUUUCAUGCGGAUCGAGAGUUGCUCCGCAAACGACGCCGUUCAAAUAAAUCCCGGGGGAGCAUUGCAUACGGUAGACCAGGCUAUCACACAACUUCUUACUUCGAAAAAAGUUUUUGAUGCUCUUAUGUCAUCUCGCUUCCAGGAAAGGACAGAAAGGCUGUAUUACUAUGGCUCUCCAGUAUUACCAGAACGGCGACAUGCAAGUUUCGAGAGGACCAUUAGUCGCAGGGAGCCUUUGGAAAUAUUUUUCCUGCCAUUCGACGACCGAAUAAAACCAGAAAGAAUAUACCGCGUUUUCUGCCCACCUGGUUGGAGAUUCCGGAAGUGGAGGCCGCAGAUGACGGCUAUUAGUCAAAAAUAUUGGAAACAGCCAUGGAUUUGUUCAAGCGGGAUUACUAAAACGCAGAUGAUGGAGAGGGCAAGGCGGAUUGUCAAAGGAUGCGAUGACGCUCGAAAGUUAAUACUGGAACAUAUUGACGUCGAUGACAAGUUGGAUUUGUGCCUGCUCCACCAAGGUUUAGUAUUGGAUGUCUUCAUUGACGAGGAAUCGGACACCUCAUUUAUCAUCAAAAUGAAGGUGUUUGGUAUGAUGUCUAGCUGUGGAUCUUGCUUGUUUGAAUGGGGGCGCGACCGUGAAAUAUUGAACCGCGAAGGGAAAGACGAUGUGCGAGAGUUUCGGGUUACGUGGUAAACGGUGAUGGAGAGACUAGCG